CCCUCGCCUCCCUCGCCUCCCCCCUUCCCGUCCCCCCCUCAGAGGAUCCGGGCGUCCGGCCUCCUGCUGCUGGAGAUGAUCUUGUUCGGCUCUCUGCUCCUCUACUUCCCGGUGUUCAUCAUGUACUUCAAGCCGAGUACGUUCAGGUGCAUUCUGCUCCGCUGGGUCCGAAUGCUCGGCUUCUCCAUCGUCUACGGGACGGUCACUCUGAAAAUGUACAGGGUCCUGAAGGUCUUCCUCUCGCGCACGGCCCAGCGGGUGCCCUACAUGUCGGGCCUGCACCUGCUGAGGAUUCUGGGAGUGAUGCUGAUGACGGUCAGCUGGUUCCUCUGCGCGUGGACGGUCGGCGUCCUGCAGAACCGCGACAGGAACAUCCCGGUGUUCGUGGGGACGAGCACGUGGGACGGCCAGGGGUUCAACCUGUGCCACGUGGACCGCUGGGACUACAUGAUGGCUGUGGCCGAGCUUCUGUUCCUGUGCUGGGGGAGCUCCCUGUGGAGCGCCGUCAGGCCGGUUCCCUCGGCCUUCCACGAGCCUCGCUACAUGGGCAUCGCCAUCCACAACGAGCUGCUUCUGUCCUCCGCCUUUCAUCUGUUCAGGUAGAUGCCCUCGGAGGCCCCAGGGGGGAAAUAUUCA